CUGCGCCACUCUGCGUGCUGGAUGGAGAUCCACAGUCAAGAGCUGCAGCUCAGUGCUGGAGUACAACAUUUCACAGGGAGCCCUGCAGAAGCAACACCUGUUUCGAGCCAGCCAAGAAAGGCACAAGCACUUGUAUGUUGCUGCUUUGCUUGUGGAUCGUCAAUAAUCCUAAACCAGUGGACAUCUGCUGAGCCUCCUGAGAAUUCUGGAUAAUAGAUUUGGACGUCAAAAGUUUUUUUUUUUUACCUUUUUCUUUUUUCCUUUUUUUUUUUUUUUUUUGGAUUUAUCUCAGCCAACAACGUGAGAUUUCCCCCCUCCCCCUUUGCAGGAUUCAUGCUGAUGUAUGCAGUCUGUUAUAGAGUAAAAACAGCGCAUGCCUUUCUGGAGUCAGAAUCCAUAAAUCCUGACGUAGCCUGUGCAUCUUAAAAAAAAAUCCCUAUAACGCCUAGGUAUUUAAGUUGCUAUGGUCAUUCUUAUCUUAAACCAAAUGGAGAAACUACGGAUUUUUUUCUUUAUUACAGUUGGAUGGGCUGAAGACCGUAUUGCUUGCUAAGAGCUGGGGAUAUAUGCAUUUAUAUAGAUAUACACAUCUAUAUGUUUAUAAAUAUGUCAGUGUGUGAGUAUAAAGUGGUGGUUUCGUAGACUAACUGGUUUGACCUUGAACCUGUACCAGUCAAAACAGAAUAUUACUUUUAUUUAUGCAUUUAAUGGAUUGAAGAAAGAACAUUUUCUCUGUAACUGCGCUAGGGAGGGGAGAGGAGUGGAAUAUACCUAAUCUUAUAUCUCCUGGGUUUGGCACCAUCAUUAUUGUUUAUUCUUAUUCUCUAAAAGCAGAAUCUUCUGAUGGCUCCCUUAGGUGAAGUUGGGAACUAUUUCGGUGUGCAGGAUGCAGUACCCUUUGGGAAUGUGCCCGUUUUGCCGGUGGAUAGUCCGGUUUUGUUAAGUGACCACCUGGGUCAGUCUGAGGCAGGUGGGCUACCCAGGGGGCCUGCGGUCACGGACUUGGACCAUUUAAAGGGGAUCCUCAGGCGGAGGCAGCUAUACUGCAGGACUGGAUUUCAUUUAGAAAUCUUCCCCAAUGGUACUAUCCAGGGAACCAGGCAAGACCACAGCAGAUUUGGUAUACUGGAAUUUAUCAGUAUAGCAGUGGGCUUGGUCAGCAUCCGAGGAGUCGACAGUGGACUCUACCUUGGAAUGAAUGAGAAAGGGGAACUGUACGGCUCGGAAAAAUUAACCCAGGAGUGUGUAUUCAGAGAGCAAUUUGAAGAAAACUGGUAUAACACAUAUUCAUCAAAUCUAUAUAAACACGUGGACACUGGAAGACGAUACUACGUUGCGUUAAAUAAAGAUGGGACUCCAAGAGAAGGGACUAGGACUAAACGGCAUCAAAAAUUUACACAUUUUUUACCUAGACCAGUGGACCCUGAGAAAGUACCGGAACUAUAUAAGGAUAUUUUAAGCCAAAGUUGACAAAGACAAUUCCUUCACUUGAGCCCUUAAAAAGUAACCACUAUAAAGGUUUCAUGCGGUGGGUUCUUAUUGAUUAGCUGUGUCAUCACAUCAGCUCCACUGUUGCCAAACUUUGUCGCAUGCAUAAUGUAUGAUGGAGGCUUGGAUGGAACAUGCUGAUUUUGUUCUGCACUUAAAGGUUUGUCCUCCUGGAGGAGAGCCUAUGCCCACUCGCUUGAUUUAGUACGAGAGGGAGCGCGAGAGAAUGAGUGCGAGAGAGAGAGAGAGAAAGGGAGGGGAUGAAUGGGAGUGAGAGCGCGAGAGAGAGGAGCCAAGAGGAGGAGGAGGAGGAGGAAGGCCUGAUGCAUGCUGGGGAAUAGACACGCUUUUAAAUUUUUGAUCAGUUGUACUUCGUCAUAUAUCAGCAUAGCUGCCAUACUUUGAUUCAUCAGGAUUUUUGGCUGGUGGCCUGCUCAAGUGUACGCUGCAUUUACAAAGGCAUGGAGGGUGCAGUCUUACUUAAACAAGAGACUUUUCAGUUAAUCGCUCUCUGGGUCUCGCCCCACUGAGUUUAAAGCAAAGACCUCUUAGUAAAAAAAUAAAAAUAAAAAGUUAAAUUUAUUUAUAGAAAUUCCAAAGGCAACAUUUUAUUUAUUUUAUAUAUUUAUUUAUUAUAUAGAGUUUAUUUUUAAUGAAAUAUGUACAGGCCAGAUAGGCAUUUUGGAAGCUUUAGGCUCUGUAAGCAUUAAAAUGGCAAAGGCCACUAUGAACCUGUGGUAAAUUCAUGCAAGUAAAUAUAAAGGUGCAUGGAUAAAAAAAAAAAAACCAACAAUAAAAAGGUAAUAAUAAUAAAUUCUAGUGACCCUCAUGUACUAAAGGUGACAAUCUCUUUUGUGCCCGUUUUAUUGUACAAGUAUGCACACCACUCAUGACACUGAGUCCUCACUCUUCUGACUGCUUGUUUCAUAGCUUACCCCCCAGAGGAUUAAAGAGAAAACUGGGUCUUCAACUUUUUUUCUGUGUCUGUAAUAUUUCCUCUCUGAUAAUGUGACUUCUUACAUUGUUGUAAACUUCACAGCUGUGGAAAAUAUAGGGGUUGGAAUAUAUUCUACUUGUUAAAACUUAUUGCAGAUUAUACCAAAGCUAAAUGAUAAAUAUGCUUUUUUUUUUCUUUUUUUCCUAAAGCAGAAUGACAGAAACAACAUAAGUAAUAUCAACAAAUGUACUAAUUUUACGAUUCCACAAAUAGGACACAAUGGUUUCAGAGGGCAAGAACCAGGUUAACAGGAUCACUCUUGUAAACAUGUUUAUUUGUGCACUUGACUAUCUACUAUGAAAAUAUACAAGUUCCAUAGGGGUCAUUGUAACAUCUUUUAUGGAAAAUUGCUUUCAGUGUGAACUGUCAUAAUACAUAUUAGCACCCUUCCUAAAGUAAAACUUGCAAAAUGAAACUAAUAAAUCUCUAUCAAUAAUGACAAUGAGGGGGACAGUAUUAGACUUUUUUUUUUUUUUCCCUAAAAUACGUUCAAAUAUUCAUGAACUGUAAGUGAGCUGACAGUGAUGUAAUAUUUAAGGAAUUGAAUUAAUAAUAUUAAGGAAUGUUAUGUUAAACACACAAACAUGUUGAUUAGCAGUUACCGUUUGGGAAUUAACCCUUAGAAAGACGCAUUUUUCCCCAGUACCCUGAAGGAAAAAAGAGAGAAAAAUGACGUAAGGUCCAUAUGACAAAUGCGUUUUGUAGUUGUUUUAUCCCUUAGGAUUUGAAUUCAGCGCCAUUAAGUUGAGUGUAGCCUUUGCCAUUGGAUGUGUCGGGAGCGUGGCUGGUCCUGACUCCCCCGGCUGUCCGCACAGGCAGGGAGGCUCAGUGCCGACAGACUUUGGAGCAGCUACACGUAAAAGUUUGUCGCCCUUUCGUAAUUAAGUAAUCUUUGCUCUAAGACACUCUUGUCCAUGUGAUAUAUAUUAUUUGAAACGUAAUUCUGUUCUGGAAUAACCUGUGGCUUGGUGUCCUGAACAAACGUGACCUUUCCGUACUCGGGCGGGUAGGAGGGGCCACGUCUCAACCGGCGAUAUCAGUAAUCUUAAAUAAAAUGUGGCAUUUUAUUAUAAUUGUUUAUGGAUGAUAAAGAUACGUAAAUUACAUUAGUCGAGUUGUAGGAUACAGUUAGACAUACUUGUCUAGGGACUGUUAUUGCCUGGGAAUUUACAGCCUUCGACUGCAGACCAUGAGUUUGUUUUUAACCCUUCGGAGCCGCUGAGACCUGCGGCUGGUUUGGCUGCUGCGGGUCAACCGGGUGCCGAACCAUCUGUCUGGGCAGUACAGAGCCGUGCUGGAACACAGGAGAAGAAAGCGAGCUUCUGGGGAGGACUAGGGUUCAUUGCUCAGUGUUAAACAGAUCAAACCUACCGCAGAGGAAGGGAGGUUACAGCUUUUUUUUUUUUUUUUUUUUUUUCAGUAAAUCUGACAUACACCGGGAAAUUAACCACAAAGGUUAAAAAUACUAUGAGUUGAGGCCACGAUACUAGGCCACGGUUUGAGUCUUAACGUUGAAUCGACUUGGAUUUUUAGUCAUAGGCAAAUCAUUACUACUAGUUAACAUGUUUUAUUUAAUUUAUUUUUUUGUAUUUUUCUAAAGAAAGGAUUAAACCCAAGAAAAAUGUUAUGACUUUAUGGCAGUCCAUAUAAAUAAACUGUAACCGAUUUACUCAAAUAACCCAUAAUGGUGUGUAAAUACUGACUUUAUGUAAAUAUAGAAACGUGUAAUUUAACAUAGGCAUUAUUGCAAGACUGGAUGGUCCAGGAGCUGGCAGUUUGCCACUCCCUGCAGGUUCACUGGGUCAAAUUCAGCCUGUUUUGGGUAGCGAACAACAGAUUCUGUUCAGUCACUUGUGUAAAAUGAGUUAUUUCUGUUUGUUUUCUGGUGGGGGAUGGGCAAAGCCAUCGUCACUUGGGUGCUGCUUAGCUCCUUUGCCAGGGCGUGAAGGGGUACGGAUGCCAUCCCGCUCCUUAUGUGAUCCUGCUAAAACAGGGCCGGAGAGAGCUGACCCGGCAGAGCCGGAAGGCUUGCAGUGCCGCUCCUACCGUGCUGUGGACAAACAGAAGUCUUCAUUUUCUAGUGCUGUGCAUCUAGUGCUGUCCAUCUAGUGUCCUCGAGCACUAAAAUUCACUUGAAGAAAGAUCUGAGGGAAAAACAAAAGAAUAAUUGGUGUUAUUUACUUGAUAUUCUGUAAUGGUGUGUAAAUACAUACAGAAUUCUGUAAUUUGUAUAAAUACAUUGCUAUAGAAUUUUGAAAAUUGGUAUUAUUUGCUUGAUGUCCCUUCAGAGCAUCUUCUUAUAACCAUGCACGUGUGUAAUAACGGGAUUGCAAAAAGAUGUCCUUUCUCAUUCCUAGAAAGAGUGUGAGAAAAUUCCAGAAAGACCAGAACCAUCAAUAUUUUCUAUGUCUUUUUGCUAAAUUGGAAAAAAACAGGGGGAUAGCUUUUUGGCAAGAAUUGCAUUAGCAUUUCACCUGAAGCAGAUCUGUCUGGGCAAGCAGCGUGGGCAAAAAGGUGAUGGAGAUCCAGAGCAGUGUUAUUGUAUGGGCUGAUUUUGAGCUGCAUCUGGUAACGUGUCAGGCAGCGCUCCCAAACUUAGGUGAGGUGCAUGAAACCUGGCAAAACUGGGCAGUGCGGAGAGUGGAAAGAGAAAAAUCAGAGGAAAAAUUGUCUUAAAUUGUCUUAAAUUGUCACCAAUCAGUGCAGAACUUAAACUGCCUGCCUGCCAGCUGGAAGGAAAAAAAGAUGCUUUUUGUAAAUGAUUGGGUGUAACAUGUGGAGGCUGAAAAUGGGACUGUUUGGUGUAAAAAGUUAGGCAUUGCUAUUCUCCCCCUGGAAAAAGAUAAAUAUGUGUUUAAUAAACAUACGAAUAGGAGGGAGUUGCUUCCAAGGCAGUCUCUAUGUUUCUUGGGAGACAGAAUAUGGCAGGAGGUAAGAGAAGAUGCAUCUGUAGCAUGUCUUUCAGGCUCCCUUGCAUCAGCUUCUUAGCUUAUUCUCCACUCUGCACACUUUUGUGUAAAGUAAAAAAGUGAAUAUAAGGCCCGUCUCUGUUACCCAUGGUUAUAGGAGUAGAAAUAGAUGGUCUGAGUGCCACGCUGAAUGCCUUUUUGUGUGGACUCCUGUCCCAGCUAGUGAAUUCUCACAAGGUCCCCAAGAGGUACGUUAACAAACAUGGAGAUGGGGAUAUGGACAAGCUCCUAACAACUGGUGUUUCUUUUGCAGAAAUGAGAGGUUUGGGAUUCUUUGAAAUGUCGAUGAAAUCUUUGAGACCCAGCCCUUGCUCAAGUAGCUGUGUAUGUGUAGGCAGCCGUACUUCUAGGUAGGGAAUCCGGGGGAAGAAGUAACCAACAAUGUUACCCUGAAUUUUUUUCCACACGGUACAUCAUUCGCUCAUCUGAGAAUAGAAAGCAGGAAAUCUUUGUUUUCCAGACUUUUAUCUCUGUUCUUAAACUGUUAGAGCUCUGCAUGGGUUGCUCACAGGUCAGUUCUGUCCUGCCUUGCUGUUAUCUUUCACCUUACCAAAACACUACAAGAUGGCUUUGCCAUCCGGCCCCUAAGUAAGUACCAGUAGUAUAACCUCGUCUCCUUUUGUCAGGAAGCUGGAAGAGCCUGCCCUAGAGUGUGUUGUGGAACAGUCUGGCAUUGUGAAGUGAGCAGGGCACGGCUAAUUAGCAUCUUAAAUUUAGGAUUUAUAAAAUUUGUCCGUCAAGGAUAAGAAAGACAAUUAGUGGUUACAAAGAAUGCACAUAUUGCGGAAGGUGUCUUGGCAGAUCAGUUGCAUGAAGUUUGAAAGCAGAAAAUGUUUCUUGGUGUUCAGGAAAUGUAAAAUGAGAAUAAUAAUCAAGUUCCACCUGCAAAGGAGUUUAUAAAACCCAGUCUUGUUGCCUUUUUCCCCAAUGGUUAUAUAUCUUUAAUAGCUUGUGUGCAUUUUCUUCUACCUGACGAUAUUGGAAAAGAUUCUUUUGUUUUUCAUUCAUUAUUUCUGAAGUCCAGCUGUCUUUGUAUAAUUUUUCAGAGUUAUUCUGGUCUGAACCCCGGGACAGGAAAGUUGCCAUGUGAUCCUGGGUUCGGGCAGAGGAUCGCACGUGUUACAAAAAUGCCGCUGUUGUGCUCAGCAUAGCUGGUGUAGUCCAUAGGACGACCUUGUCUUAUUGUAGCUGCCACACGGAGGCCUGCAACAUUAUUUGUGCCUUAACACAUUGUAUGUUGUUGUUAUCAUGGGAGAGAUCCUUUUCAAAUUAUUCUCAACUCAUGCUGGCUUUAUUAAACCCACAUCUGCCUGUUGAACACACGCUCACAAAUAUUCUGCUGAGCAGUGUAUAAAGUAAAUUUUAGCUCCAUUGAUGACGCAGAGGGGUUUCACCUCAUAGAAAAAAUAGUAAUAACAAUAAAAUAAUUCCCUUUUCCCUUAGGACGAGGGAAGUUAUUUUUAUGUGCAGUACUCACAAGUAGCAACUACAACAUAGUGAAAAGAAUUCUGGAAUUAGACUGAACUGUCAACAUGUUUCUCACAUUUCUGUUUUCUUGAGAAA